UACUCACAAUCUAAUAAUUCAAUUGAACACAAACGAAAAGAAGAUGAGAAUCCAAGUUGGAGGAUAUGCGUUGAUAGUUGCAGUUAUGGCAUCUGUUAUAUUACAGCAGCCUGAGUUGGUGACCGGACAAGCUAGAGUUCCAGCUAUGUUUGUGCUCGGAGACUCAUUGGUCGAUGUUGGCAACAACAACUUUAUAGCAUCCAUAGCUCGAGCCAAUUACUUGCCCUAUGGCAUCGACUUAAACUUCCGUCCUACUGGCAGAUUUAGCAACGGCAUGAACUUCAUUGAUCUGCUUGCUCAGUUGUUAGGAAUCUCAUCGCCUCCUCCCUUCGCGGAUCCAACCACAAGAGGCAAUAGAAUCCUCGGAGGAGUUAACUAUGCUUCUGCAGCUGCUGGCAUCCUCGAUGAAUCAGGCCUAAACUAUGGAGAUAGAUUCAGCCUGAGCCAGCAAGUGGUUAACCUUGAGUCGACGCUGAGCCAGUUGAGAACGAUGAUGAGUCCACAAAACUUUACGGAUUACUUGGCAAAAUCUCUUGUGAUUCUCGUUUUCGGAAGCAAUGACUAUAUCAACAACUACCUCAUGCCUAAUCUCUACUACUCCAGCAUCAGAUACAGACCUCCUGAGUUCGCCAACCUUCUUCUCACUCAAUACGCUCGACAACUUCUUACUCUGUACAGCUUAGGUCUAAGGAAAGUGUUUAUACCUGGAGUAGCACCACUAGGCUGCAUACCAAACCAAAGAGCCAGCAGAAGUGCACCGCCUGGGAGAUGCCUUGACAGUGUCAACCAAAUUCUAGGCACGUUUAACGAAGGGUUAAGAUCACUUGUUGACCAGCUGAACCAGCGAUCACCUGGAGCCAUCUUUGUAUACGGCAACACAUACGGAGCAGUUGGUGACAUCUUAAACAACCCAGCUGCUUACGGAUUCAGCGUAGUGGACAGGGCUUGUUGCGGGAUUGGGAGGAACCAAGGACAAAUCACAUGUUUGCCGAUGCAGAAUCCUUGUCCUAACAGGGCUCAGUAUGUCUUUUGGGAUGCAUUCCAUCCUACUCAGACUGCUAACUCAAUUCUGGUUAGACGAGCUUUCUAUGGCCCACCUUCUGACGCCUAUCCUGUCAAUGUCCAACAGAUGACUCUCCUUCACUAGUUUCUUUUGUGUGUGUGUGUGUGUUUCUCAGUCUU